AUACUUUUGGCACACCGUGUUGCAGAAAAAGAAACACAAAUUGAUCGUCACUGAAUCAGCUUCGCCACCUCUUGGUUUCCAAAACCAAAACUUUAGGUUAUCCAAUUUGUCCCCAUGCAUGAUCUCGCUCGACGACGACAAAACCGUCAUGCAAUUCUGGGUUCCAACAAAACUGAACCCAAACAAGCCAAACCUAACCCUUAUCCACGGCUUCGGCGGAUCGUCUCGGUGGCAGUUCUGCUGCCAAAUCUGGCACCUGUCCCGGAAAGUGAACCUCUUCGUGCCGGACCUGUUGUUCUUCGGCAACUCCAACACCGGCCAGACCGACCGGUCCGACGUCUUCCAAGCUAUAUGCGUAGCAGAAGGGAUGAAGAAAUUGGGUGUGUAUAAGUUCAGUGUGGCAGGAAUUAGUUAUGGAGGGUACGUGUCCUAUAGAAUUGGGGAAAUGUACCCUGGGGAAGUGGACAAGGUCGUGAUUGUGAGCAGUGGCAUAUGUUAUACAGAAGAACAGAAGAUGGAGCAUUUGAAGAAGAUUGGAAGGAGUCCAUUGGAAUUGCUUGUGCCAGAGAAACCUCAGGAUCUUCGAUGUUUGUUGAACUUGUGUUUGCACAGAUUUAACUGGCUUACGAGGCUGCCGGAUUUUAUCCUGCAAGAGGCCAUCAAAGUGGUGCUCAAGGACAAUAGGAAGGAGAAACAGGAGAUUCUAGAGUACUUGCUGAACAGAGAAGCAGAUUCAAACCCUGGAAUUUUAAGAGACAUUGAUAAUUUGGGGCGACAAGGACAGAAUGUUUCCCAUAAAACAUGCGUAUCAGUUGCAAAGGCACUUGGAACCAAAAGCAAAGCUAGCAGUGAUCGAGGACGCAGGCCACGCCCUCAACUUCGAUUCUCCUUUUGCCACCAAUCAUUUCAUCGUUUCAUUCCUCCAAACCUGAGAUGUCUUUUUGUUGUAUAUCUUCACUAUACAUGUAGUGUAUGAAUUUCACUCUUCCUUCUGUUCAAUCACGCAUUCUUGUGUACGUACUUCAAAAAUUUCGAAUGAUACAUGCCAGCUCGAUCUAUUAAUUCUAUGCGUCGACUUCAAGCUGAGUCUAUAGUUUCUAACACUUCUGUAUCUCAUCCAAU